CGCCUGCCCCCUGUGCUGUUCAGCUCUAGCUGCGUGGGCGGUGGAGGCGGGCAUCGGGGAAGGGCGGGGUGGGAUGUGGGAAGAGGAGGGUUCCCAGACCCCGGUUGGGAAACUUUUCAGUCGGCUCCUUGUGGCUGCCUGCGGUGGCACUCAGGUGUGUGGGAGCUGGUGGUGCUGGGACUAGGAAAGGGAUCAGAAACUCUUCCACUAGUCAGAGGCAAGCUUGAGUCCACCUCCCUGAAAGCCUGUUGUCUGCAAAAUAGGAUCGCCAGGAAAAGAGCUUACCAGGGCAGGAUGUUCGCACGAGGGUUGAAGAGGAAGAGCGCCGAGGACGCGGAGGACUCGGACGGGGGCGUGGCGGGCGUUCCGGCCGCGCCCUCCUACACCCUGCAGCGGCAGUCGCUCUUGGACAUGUCCCUCGUCAAGCUCCAGCUGUGCCACAUGCUGGUCGAGCCCAACCUCUGCCGCUCGGUCCUCAUAGCCAACACGGUCCGGCAGAUCCAGGAAGAGAUGACCCAGGACGGGACCUGGCGGGUGGUGGCGCCCCAGGCCGCAGGGCGGGCGCCCCUGGACCGCCUCGUCUCCACGGAGAUCCUGUGCCGCUCGGGGCGGGAGCAGGAGGGCGAGGGAGACGGCCCCCUGCCAGACCCGGCCCCGGGACACGCCCCGAGGCGCCCGCAGAGCAGCCCCUGGGGACUGGACGGCUCCCGGGAGGGCAGAGGGGGCUUUCAGAAGUCGCUGGAUCACAUAUUUGAAACGCUGGAGAAUAAAACCCCCGGGUCCGUGGAAGAGCUGUUUUCGGACGUGGACAGCUCCUACUACGACCUGGACGCGGUGCUGACCGGCAUGGUGGGCGGCGCCCCCUCCGGCCCCGGGCUCCCGGCCUUCGCCCCCGCGGCCGCCGCGCCCCCCAGUUCCACCUGCAGGUCGGAUCUGGGGGAGCUGGAGCACGCGGUGGAGAUCCUGGUGGAGACCUGAGAGGGCAGCCGGGCCCCGGUGGGACUCGUGGCGGAGGGGCCCCUGCGGCCUCCGGAGCGCGUGGCCUGGGCGUCUGCGGGCUCGGCCCCUGGUGUGUCUGCGACGGGGAGAACGUUCCAGAACAGCAUCCCGUUGCCCUGUGCCCUCUGUCCUCCAGCGGGCUGGGCGGUUUCCUUCGGGCUAGCCAUCCAAGCCGGCCUGACGCCCGCCGGCGCCCCGGGUGCCGGCCCCUCUGCCCUCCGUCCCCCGCCACAGCUCUGUGCAGGGCCCGUUCCGGGCUCGGUGUCCAGCCUGGUGUAAUUUGAGAUAGGUGACGUUUUUUAAAUUAAGUUUUAUAUGUUUGGGGCAAUAUUUUGUCUUAAGAUCUAUUUUUUAAACGUUUUAUACUUUUAUCUUUUUAGAUUUUGUCAGCUAUUCAAAGUAUAUUUUUCCUAUAAACAUUUUCUGCUGCUACAUUAGGAACUUACAACCUGAACAGUUGCAGUUGGUGUAUUUCAUCGUUUAAGGUUUAGAUAAGGACUUUGUUUCGGGUGGAACUUCGGGCGGCUCCGUGUAGCGCACGUGUGUCAUGAAUUUCCACUUCACGUCGGUGCGAACCUUCUCCGCGUGCUCGUCGGGCGGAGCAGUGCCUCUUGGUCUCCAGUGUCCUUACCGGCUCCGCUGCGCCGGCUGUGUCUUCGUUAGAAUCACAUGCGGAUUCUGGGGGGUUUAUUUAUGCCUAUUUAUAUGUAAGUGUUGGAGAAGGGCCCAUCCUGUCCACCGGAGAUCUUGGGGCGGGGUCUCAGGUGGUGCCUUCAGAGGAUCCGACCCUCGCGGCCCCUCCCGUGCGGUGCUCCCAGCGUGACCGGGCUUUCCCUGUGUCCUGCCGCUGUCGAGUCCCCCCACGGUGUGAACAUUAAACAAGGGGAACCUCGCUCAAAGGGAGUCAGGAGGCCAGAAGGGGGCUUCCGCGCCGCACCUGCGGACGUCGAGAAUUGCCGGUCACAGACCCUACAGGAGACCCCUGAACGGGAAGGAGUCAGUGCCAGCCCCCACGGGAAAAGAUGCACAUUUGCUCUCCCACCAGAAGCCGACGGCCCGCGACCACUCAGCCAGAGAGAAGCCCUCGUCACCCUGGACCCCGCUUCUCUCCAGUGGACUUUGGUUCAGAGCAGCCCUCCCGGCUCCCUCCUUUGUCCGUAAGUGACGUUCCUCCCGUUGGUUGCUUGGGCUUGCCUGUGGUUCUCCCAUAGCGUGUUUCUCCCAGGUCACAAUUCUGUUAUUCCUGAAUAAACCUAGUUUGCUGGUAAAAUAACCGACGUUUAUUUUAAGGUCAACACUAGCCACACUGGUGUGCACGGAGUCUGCCGCGUGCCAGGUGACACAAGUGCUGGGACAGAACCGUCAGGUUAAGUCAGGUUAAGUCCAGAACUAAGGAAGUCUGGACUCCUGCCCGUGUGGCUUCUCAGUCCCGAGGGCAGUUGAUGGUGGGGUUGGUGGGGCGUUGCCACUUAAGUGGGCUCUGGUGUACCGUGUGUGCACCCCUGAACCUGCCCUGGCCACGGGGAGUGCCCCAGACCUUCUGUGUUGUUUUCACUAGUUUACAAGUAAGACUGCGCUCACCCCGUCCCACCCCUGCCCCGUUGCUGUUCCUCAUGCUUUUUCUUCCUUACCCAGCCCUUAGCCAAAAAGGUUUGUUUUCUCUCACGCGUAGGACCAUUCUUUAGUAUCAGUCGUGUAUACAUCACUUUAUUAAACAAUUAUCCAACAAACAA